UGAAGGGAAUAGCUUUCUACUUUUAGUAUACUUCCGUUAUCCUAUCAUCCUAUCAUUCAAAACAGCUUACAUAAGCUUCAGUGAUUAAACAUUCGGUUUUCCUCGCAGUUAGAAACAACCCUUUGGUUGACAUCUGAAAUAUACAGGCGUAGAGAAAUUUAAAACCUGGUCUAUGGAACUAACGUACACAUAGUUAUAAUAAACCGGCACAAUAUAAGUUAAAGAACCGGUAUAAAAAUAGUUAAAAACAAGUUAAACAUGUAACGUGAAUAUAUUUGCGGAAACGGCAAAAAUAUUUUUUUUUUUUACUGAUGCCAAAAUAGUUGCGAUGAGACCCAAAAGAACUGUAAAUAUUGACGGUCUGUACUAAAAGAAACAUUGUAAAAAAAGAAGUACCAACCAUUCAGACAACUAGUAAUAUACCUAUUUGAAAUAGUUUUAAGGUUUCUAAAACUUCUCACCAUGAAUAUGUAUUCCGGGGAUGUAGAAAGCUAUGGUUCAUUCAGUAGUUAUGCAUCCAUGAUUAAUACAAUGCAUCAAAAUAUUCCAUCUCAUAUAAGUCGAGGUAUGUCCCCGGCCCUGUGGACGUCUAGUGUGUCUGUCGUGAACCCCGGGACGGGCGGGAUGUAUCUGACCAGCUACACGGCGUAUAAUACAGGCUGGUCAGCUGACCAGGGAACCUGGAACCAGUCUGGAGCCGGAUAUAUGCCUGGUCUAGAACAUCAGAUGUAUUGUGAACCUGGAGCUAUUCCGCAGAAUAUCACCCAACCACAAGUUGGAAGACUGUCUCGUCCUGUAUCUGCUAUGACCAGUACAAUGACCGAGGAUUGGGCAACAGCUGCGCCUACGGUCAUAUCAGACUUCUUGACCGCAACCUCAUCUCAAUGGGACACUUUGUCCUCCGUCCCAACCCUGAUGCAGGACUCGUUAUGGGAUAUGGCGUCAUCUGUCCCUACUCUCCAGAGGACACCGUCCUGUCCUUUAACUGAGACUGAUUUGUUUCUGGAGGAUACAGAAGAAUCUAGUAUCUCUAGUAGUUCCAGCUGUAGUGGUGGAUACCCAGAGAUUGUGUUCUCUCAGGAUGCUGAGAGUGAGAGCGAUCCUGCUCCGCCUGUCCGCCCUGGGCGGAGAAAACCAAGCGAAAGCUCAGACUGGAGUCGGAGUAGAACUGGUGGAGGCGAGGAUUCAUUCAGUUGGGAUCCAAACUCGAAGAAGAAGUAUGAGAAGGAUAAGUACGAAGAGAAGAGAGGAAGAAGAACUCCUGAUUCUUCAAGGAACCAACCCAGAGUUAUUCCAGAGCUCUAUAAACCUGCCGGAGAACAGAGGAAGUCGACAGGUUCGGAUUUCAAGGAGGAGCGGGGACUUGUAUCUGGUCGAAGUUUUGAAACCUCAAGUUCCUAUGAGGAACUUAACUACGAUGGUAGAGGAGACAGGAUGUACGGUAUUGGAGAUAAUAGACAAAGCAAAACUAACAGUCGACAAGGAAGACCUAGGAGUGGACUGGAUAGACCAGAUAGUCGCCAUGGACGUUCUGACAGUCGACAGGGGGAUCUAGAUAAUCUCAUUAUCAGGACAGAUAGUCGACAAGGUGGUACAAGUCGACUGGAAGGAAACAGCUGUACUGAUUACUCCGCUAGGGAAGGAUCCAGGUUCGGAUCUCGUCAGGACGGAUUUAUUAGAACUGAUUCGCGUAGCUUGCUCCUAGAUAACAGUGAGACCAGUCUGGAAUUUACCGAUCAACAGGAUAGCGAGGAUCCUUGGUCUAGUGAACAAGAGUUUCCACUCCUGGUAGAUCUAGGACGGGGAGUGAAGGAAGUACCAUGGAGCGGAGAACCAACUAAACCCUGGAGAACAAAGAAUAACUCCUGUAUUGAGAAUUCUCUCCAAGAUGACACAACCCGAACCUGGGGAGAGAUAUUAAGUAAACCUAGUCCCUCAGGUUCUCAGUCCUCCAACCAGUCAGAGCCAAGGGAGGAGACUCCUAGGUUCGACCAGCUCACUGAGGAGGGUAAGGAGGGAGUACACAUAGCAGUUGGCAGUAUGGUUCAGCUAGAGCAGACGGGUCAACCUGUGUUUGGAGUUGUCAGAUGGAGAGGAAGUGUGGGAGAUAAAAGAGAUUGGGUUGGAGUAGAACUAGAAGAUAUUAUACCUGGAGGGGGUACAGGAUAUCUCCAGGGGAGAUCUAUGUUCUCCUGUCCCGAAGGUAAAGGAGUAUUUGUCCCGGUGACUCAUGUUCGUCCUGACCCAAGGUUCAAUGAAUCUGGAUUAGGUGCUUCACAAGAGUUUGGAACCCUUGACUGUCCGCCGCUACCUGGAGUAUUCGCCCCGCAUCCCGCCGUGGCGGAAGUAAGUAAGGUCGCAGGGCGGAAUCGUGGUAUCCAGGGGCAUCAGAAUUCUUGUUAUCUAGAUGCUACUCUCUUCUCCAUGUUUGCAUUCACCGGUGUGUUUGAUUCCUUACUCUAUAGACCCAGGGGACCCAGAGAUAUUCCACAGUAUGAGGAGGUUCAGCGUGUGCUCAGGGAUGAAAUUGUGAACCCUCUUCGCCAGCGUCUAUUUGUACGAGCUGACCGGGUCAUGUCUCUCCGAACCCUACUCAACAAUCUCAGCAAUGUAUCCGGUCUCAUGGAUCAGGAGAAGGAUCCAGAGGAGUUUCUGAACUCUCUUCUAAAUCAAGUAUUGCACGCCAACCCGUACCUGGAGCUCUCUAGCGGUCAAUCUUCUCAUACAUAUCAACUCUUUGUAGAGAAGGAUCCAGAACUCGUUGUUCCAUCUCUCCAGGAUCUGUUUGAUCAGAGCUUCCUUUCAAGUCGUGUAAAGCUGACCUGCGCCCCACCUGUUCUCAUUCUUCAAAUGCCGCGCUUUGGUCGUCAGUUCAAGAUGUACGACAGGGUCAUUCCCACACAACUGCUGGACAUAACAGACGUUAUUUCCGGGAUCCCGCGCCAGUGUGUCGUUUGCGGUCAGCUGGCUACCUGUGAAUGCGCCCAGUGUUACGGGGACCAGGAGCAUGGUUUACAAUCUACAGCGUUCUGUGAUAAAUGUCUGAUAAGAUUGCAUCAGCAUGCAAAGAGAAAGCAUCAUGUCCAUACAAGGUUGGAGGGAGCUCCAGGAUGGAAACAGGAAAGCAGGAUCCCCAGAAUAAACAUGGAGCUGGUUGCUGUUGUGUGUAUAGAGACUAGUCAUUAUGUAUCCUUUGUACGGUGUGGGGAUAGUAUUAGAUCUCCCUGGGCUUUCUUUGAUUCCAUGGCGGAUAGAAAAGGUGAGCAGAACGGAUACAAUAUACCUGAGUUAACUCCUGCACCAGAGGUGGAUUACAUUCUGUCUGAGGAGGGAGCAAAACUUCUCCGGGAGAACCCAAACCUUCCAAUAUCUCCGCAAGCCAAGCGUUUAAUCUCCGAUGCAUAUAUUUGCUUCUAUCAGAGUCAAGAGGUGCAAAUGUACAUGUAGUUCAGAUGUCACGUGUACGGUUUACGAUGUAAAGUAAAAGUAGUUCAGACGUAGCAUGUACACUUUGCACGGUACGUGUAGUUUAGACGUUACAUGUACGCUGUACAGUUCUGUACAGUGCAUGAAUUUCAAUGUUUAUGAAGCUGAGAAACCUAUAGAUGCAGUGUUAUUCAACAACAUUCUAGAUUUGACAGAACCUAUAUUUUAAACCUAGAUGUAAAACAAGAAAAUUGGAUUAGUUUCAGAUGAAAUAAGCUUGAUACUGCUAAUAUAUAUAUAUAUAGAUCCUAAAUCUAGAAAGUAGAAUAAGAAAGUUAUAAAAUAUGUGAACAAAUUGCACAAGCUUGCUUCUGAAACAAUAUUUAACAAAUAAAUAAUAAAUGUUAAAGAAAAGAAAAGCUAAAACCAAUCUCGUGAUAUAAAUACAGUAUAUUUUGCUAUA